AUGAUGAUCUGUACUUACAACCCACGUACGCUUACAUCGGAAGCGGCCAUCGAAGACUUGAUGAUGCAAGCCAAGAAGAUUAAGUACGACUUCAUCGGACUGACCGAGACGAGACGACCUCACUCUCUCCACGCCGUAUAUGAAACUGGAAAAGAGCUAUUCUUAAGAACAUGCGACAGCAGAGGUGCUGGUGAAUUUGGCUUCCUCAUCAACACGAGCAUGGCAAAGAACAUCGACUCUUUCGAACAACUUACGACCUGGAAUCGGAUGAAGUCUGCGGAUGAGAAGAUGUGGUCCAACACCAGCGUUGACUAUCUUCCUCGCCUAUGCUCCAACAUCAAGCUACGAAGAACAAGAAUUCGAAGCUUUCUAUAUGGACCUAAAGAAGUUCUACCGAGAAGAUCAUGCCUUCUAUAA